UCCUGCAAACUUCAUGAAGUUGGAUUAUUGAAGACAGAAAAGGGAAAUAUUGUCUCCUGAAUCAUGCAUCACGGAAUUAUUUGGAUUCUUUACCGGUGAUGAUCUGGGAAACUUUUAUUGGACGAUGUUUUCGAUGCUUUGGGGAGUUUCUCCAUGUAUGAAGUAUAGCUUGUGUUUUUUAAAAAUUAUUAUAGGAAAUCUCUUCUGCUUCCAAUAUUUAUGCCUUAGCUGGUAAUUAACAUAAUCUUGCAUUCCCGUAAAUUUCGACGAGCUGAAGGACAACAUGGACUCUGGAUUGCCACCCAAACGCAGAUUUUUGGCACUUUCUGAAUGCAGCUGUAAUCACACAGGGGAGCCUCGAGUGCUUAAAUGGGUCCAUCAUGAGCACGAGACAAUCAAGCUCCUUUAUGCGUCGAGAUCAGCUGCAGUUUCUGCACAUUGUCUGUUGUGAAUAGAACCGAUCUCCAAUCGAGCCUCUUCACUUUGGAGAUCUGUCGAUUUUCGAUUACACAGCUAUUGAAAUUAGGAUGCGCCGCCUUUUCUCUCUUAGCUUGGUGGCUCGAUUGUGAGCUUUUUUUCUUUAUUUUUUGAUUGCCAUAUGAAAUUGACACUCGUGUCGCCACUUAUCAAGCGCAGCAUUUCAAUCCAGCGCUAAUUGCAGAUAUAGUACCAUCCUUUCUUUUCAUUGCGUUUGAUUGCAUGGGAAUACAGCCUCCCGUUGCGCACGAGGAGAAUGAUCGAUCAGAUAUAGGUUUUUUUUUCCUCUAAUUGCAUCAAAUGUCUUUUGUUUGCCAGGGUUUAAAUGCAGGAGAAACUGUUCUUCGUUGUUUUGGACCGGAUAUAGUAUGGGUUGGGGCAAAGAUGCGUAAUGUGCAGCGCGAGCUCCAUCUUCUCUCCAAAUAGGCAGCGUUCAAGCCCCGAAAAUGUCAAAGCCGGAGGUGAAGAAGGAGUCCGGGGAGUGCAGUCCGUCGGAGGCCGCCUGUCUCUGCUCUCCUCCCGCAGCCAAGAACCAGUGCGCCAGCUGCGGCCUGGAGAUCCAUGAUCGCUACCUGCUCAAGGUGAACAACCUGAACUGGCACCUGGGCUGUUUGGAGUGCUCCGUGUGCAGAGCGUCUCUGCGCCAACACAACAGCUGCUACGUCAAAAACAAAGAAAUCUACUGCAAACUGGAUUAUUUCAGGUUUGGCACCAAGUGUGCUCAGUGCGGCCGCCAGGUGUUUGCCAGUGACUGGGUGCGGCGGGCUCGGGGCAGCGUGUACCACCUGGCCUGUUUUGCCUGUUUCUCCUGUAAGAGGCAGCUUUCCACUGGAGAAGAGUUUGGCCUGGUGGAGGGUAGGGUGCUCUGCCGCAGCCACUACGACAUCAUGCUGGACAACCUGCGCAGAGCUGCAGAGAACGGGACAGGACUGACUCUAGAAGGAGCACUGCCCACUGAUCAGGACUGCCAACCGAAACCUGCCAAAAGGGCGCGGACAUCUUUUACCGCUGAGCAGCUACAGGUGAUGCAGUCUCAGUUUGCUCAGGACAACAACCCUGAUGCUCAGACGCUGCAGAAGCUGGCAGAGUUGACGGGGCUGAGCAGGCGAGUCAUACAGGUUUGGUUUCAGAACUGCCGAGCACGACACAAAAAGCAGCCUCCUCAGAGCAGCUUCCCUCAGAGCACUCCACUGUCAAGGAUGCCUCCAUCACUGCCGGACGACAUCCACUAUUCACCAUUCAGCAGCCCGGAGCGUCCACAUCUACUCGCCCUGCACGGAUACCUAGACACUCAUCCCUUCUCUGUCCUUGCUGCUCCUGGCCACCUAACCCACCCGUCCAUCCCGAUACCACAGCUCCCUAUCAGCCGUUGACCACCUGCAUUGACUUUUCUCUUGACACCACUCUGUGAUGUUGUGAAAUCAAAAUCCUAUGGAACGUACUGUCAGUAAUCUGCUCUGUUUGAGAGUUUAAUCUCUGGCAGACAGCAGGGAAACCUUCACAUUUUUGUUUUAAAUCAAUUUGGAUUCCUCGCUGUGAGACUGCUAAGCUGAGCUUUAAAGACAGCACACGGUGGAGAAAUUUCCUGCUUCAAGGACAAGAUUGGAGUUUUUUCAUGAUGCAGAGAAGAAGACCACUUAUUUUAUUUUCUUCUUUUGAUGGGACACAAAACGUUGCAACAGGUCAGGAUUGUUUUCCUUUUGUUUACCCGCCCUUGCAUGGUAUUUCAAUUGUGCUGCUGCAAUAUAAGCUUUGAAAAGAGAAAAAAAAAGGAGUGUUGUAGCAGUGUUACAGUAAAACCUCAGCAUUUUUCAUGUAUUGUGAUGAGCACAUUUGCAGCUUUACUGUCAUCCGUGGUUGUGUUAUUGUCAGAAAAUGGACUUUCUUAUUUAUUCAAACAAAACUUCACUUUGAAAAAAAGCACUUUUAAAUGUGUCUUGAUGUGAAUAAGUCAGUGAUUGUAAAUUGUACAUGCAA